GCAGGACCAGCAGGAGGACUUCACACCCUGAACCAGAACAACCGUCGCCCUCCUCCACCUCACCGAGAGACACCAUGCUGCCGGGCUCCACUCUGCUGCUGCUGCUCGCCCUGAGCUCCGCCGCCUGCUUCGAGGUGCUGCCGGAGGAACCUGCUCCCCGCCGGCCGCGAUUCUCCUCAAGCAGCCCGACCGAUGUGGCCAGAUGUUUGAACGGAGCCGUGGCUGUGGGCUGCGGAUUCUUCUCCUGUCUGGAAAACUCAACCUGCGACACUGACGGGAUGCAUGAAAUCUGUGAACUCUUCCUCCAAACAGCUGCUACCUUCAACACAGAGGGUAAAACUUUUGUCAAGAAAAGCCUGCACUGCAUCUCCCAGGCAAUCUCUUCAAAGCUUUCCCAAACUAUCCGCCGCUGCAACAUCUUCCAGAGGAUGAUCGCUGAGGUGCAAGAAGAGUGUUACACCAGUCUUGACAUCUGCACUGUGGCUCGAACCAACCCUGAUGCUAUUGGAGACGUGGUGCAGGUUCCGACUCACUUCCCCAACAGAUACUACAGCACUCUGCUGCAGAGCCUGCAGGCCUGCGACGAGCAGACUGUGGCGGCGGUGAGGGCCGGCCUCAUGGCCAGGUUAGGCCCCGACAUGGAGACCUUCCUCCAGCUCGUCCAGAACAAACCCUGCAACUCCGGAUCCACCUCCACCCCUUUCAACAACCCCUCCAGCUGGAGAAACGUUCCCGUGUUCAACAUCCAGCCCGGCUUCAGAGGCCGGGACCCCACCCACCUGUUCGCCAGGAAGAGAUCUGUGGACGACAUGGAGGGAGGCAUUAUUGCAGAGAACUAGGCAACACACAUAAGCUCGCAGUCACACACACUCACAUCUAAUCCUGAAUAUUGUUUCCACACAGAUAGACUUGCAAACAUGCAGCUUUUACUUUCUGCAGGGAAGCGCUUUAGAUGGUGAUUUGGGGUAUUAAUUUCUAUUACAUGGUUUUAUUAUUAUUUGGGGGAUUUACUCAGUCUGACUACCUGAUGCUACAGAAAAGCUUCUCUGAGCAACCUGUGUUACAGACAUUUGAAAAGAGGCCUAUUACAGUGAUUAUGAUUGAUAUUUAUUUUCUUAAACAAGUUAAUUUAUGAGGCUUUUGUGCUGUUAUAUUUAAUGUAGUGUGAGAGGGAGGGAAAAGAGGCUGCGGAGGUCAGAAGAUGCUUUCAUGCUGGUUGUGGAGCUCUUCACGACUCCUGUUUGGGGCCAUUUUGCUGGUCUGAGAUCACUUUAUUGGCUAAAGUUGUAUGAAAUGUUUAAAUGAGAGGUGACUGUGGUUGUGUGAUGUGAUCAAAAGUCUGGAAUCCGACUCGGCUGGUUUGUGUUAGAAAUAAAUUAUAUAUAUGAUUCA